CGGCGAUGACUUGACCAAGUUCGCCAUGAUAUCGAUGGACGAAUGGCGCAAAAGUUGUUACUUUUCCGUGUUUUAAUUUCUAGUUAUCAUUAAAAAUGGCACCCGCUCCGCAGGAAGUGGACGUUUUUUCUGGACCACAUAGUCGUAUGAAAGAGUUGGUCCGUAUAUAUUCGGACAAGUUGACUGCGACGGAUUUCUCCAACUAUGCCGAGCUGCGAGGAUUGCUGUGGAGUCUGAGAUCCACGUUCAGGGAAUUCAAAACUCAUGAGUGCAUCGAGAAUGAGUGCAUCAUGCUGAAACUCAGACACAGGCUUGAUUAUCUCAAGAUUGAAAACCAAGCCGUGUACAAGAUCCACUCUGACAAUCGUCUGAGUGAGAUGCAAGGCUUGCUGGAGGAAGGAUGCAACAAAACGGAGCACUGUCACUCCCCCAGCGAGAUGGUGACCAUCGGUAGGAAUAUCAGCGACGCCCUGGAAGUCUUCACUAAGGACUUCUUGCCUCACAUGCAGGAAGAGGAGGAGUGUUUCCAGCCGUUGCUGAUGAAGUACUUCACCUAUGAGGAGCUGAAGCGUAUUCGCUAUGAUGUGCUACAGAAGCACGCCCUCCACACCAAAUAUUGCUCCGAGAAUGACAAGGAAUCGGAUCUGGAUGAGACAUUUGAGAAAGUGGACGAAGUCAAGGCCGAAGAGGUUCAGGACGUGUCACAGGACAAGAUAGCAGGCUUGCCCUCGGAGGUCCUGCUGCAAAUCUUCUCCUACUUGAACCCCAAGGAGCUGUGCCGCUGUGCCCAGGUCAAUUCCCAGUGGAGUCAGCUUGCCAUGGAUGGGGCUCUGUGGAAGAAUAUUCUCCCUGUCAGAUGGGCACAAGGUGACUGGAGCUCUGUUCCUACCAACUCCGAAGAUGUUGAAGACAUUGUUCAGGAUGACGACGAAGGGACUUAUGUGACCGUGGACGAAGACGCCGACUUUGACGAAUCUGAGUCCUCGGGGUACAGCGACGAGAGGGACAGUUACGAAGUCAGCCGGUCGGUGCUGCGCAUCCGUCGUGAAGCCAAGAUGCUGGACGGGAUCUCCAAGUACCUGAUUCCGAUGGUCGGACGCGGAGUCGAGACACUGAUGCUGUCACAGAGCAAAGGGCUCAAUAAUGCUGUGGUGUACAGAUUGCUGUCCAACACUCCCAACCUGAAACACCUGGACUUGUCACUCACAAAGGUCUCCGAUAUUGCAUUCAAAGGGUUCGGUAAGAAUGGCACUGGGAAACAUCUCAAGUAUCUGAAUCUUACUGGAUGCACCAGUAUGACUGACGCAACGCUCAAACGGCUCUCUCUUGCUAUCUCCGCCCCUCUGGUAAACGAAGAGCCAAAUGGCGAAACCAUUGAAGGACAGUCUUGCUCCAGAGGGGGCUGUGGCAGAUACAGCUGUGGAGUCAUCUCGAUCGACGAGCUCUCAAAGGACAAAAAUGGCAAACCCAAAUCUCAGUGCGCCAUAAGGACAGUGAGCUCCGACUCCUAUGCGGUGCACUUAAACCACACGGGUCAAGGUACCAGACCGGGAGCUGGAUUGUGCCGAACAGGACGACAGCGUGGCGGUGUGCAUGAAAGGCAUAGCGUUUGUCAAGGAAGUAGUCGGGCACCCGACACAUCCUACAGGACAGAAAGUUGUUGUGGCAGUGUAAAUGGGUCUGAUGAUGCCCAUAGGACUAGUUGCUGCGACAUCUUGAUAUCGGACAGAUCAUGUGAGAGCAUUGAUCACCAAACUGUUAAUCAAUCCAGUCGACUGGAAUUCCUUAGUCUGGCUGGUUGUUACAAAAUCACUGAUGCAGGGCUAAGGUACCUAGCCACCAACGGUGGCCAGCGUCACCUGAAGCAUCUGGACCUCUCCGGCUGCGCGAACGUGACCUCGGCCGGUCUGAACCAGUUGGCGGCGGCUUGCCCCAGCCUGGACCACGAGGAGUUCUUCUACUGCGAUAACAUCUCUGAAGGACCCUAUGCCAACACUGCAAGUGGUUGUCAGAACUUGCAGUGUAAGCAUUUGGUCUGUUGUCGCAGUGGGGAAUGAGUUCAGUUCUACAGGGACAUGAAGGAGAUGCCAAGGUUGACUGUAAAGUAAAGAUUCCAGAAAAGUGAAGACAAGGUUUUAUGCAAGACUGAAGAAACUUUUGAAGACAAAUUAAGCAAACACUGAGAGCUCCAGCACAUUGUGCCAGUGUGACUUCUCCGUAAUGCCAGUACAUGUAUUUUUUACUUGGCGUAGUAGUAUAAGUAUACUCACUUUAAUUCAAGACAAUAAAGCCGUGCUCCCAUUAGACUAUUUUUUUUGGGGGGGGGGGGGAGAUUUUACCAAGACUUUGGUAAAAUCCGAAUGGGUAAAAUCUUACCAGGGUCGGCACUUUGACUUUUGACACAGGAAAAUUUUACAGAGACAGUGCAGUUGACCAAACUAUAUCUUCAUUUAUCAUAACGUAUGACAAAUAAUGAACAUGAUCAACGGCCACCAAUCAGAUGGAAAAAGUAACCAAGUGGAAAGUUUUCCAGGCUGUUUACACUGGAUUUAAGACAGCAAAAGUAACCAUUGGCUCGGUGGUUUUUCCUCCAAAAAAGUCCAAUGUGGACAUGGCUUUAGAUAUCACAUUUAUAUAACAAUGCGACCUGUAUAUGUACACCAAGUCAGUCCGUUUGGAUAUACAAUACAACAUGGUUUAAAGGGAAUAAGUGUGAAGUAGCUGAUCCUGAGGUGCUGGCUGAUGUUACUAACUCCUGGCGUGAAGGGGAGCGAGAUAGUCAGAUUCGGCCGACGUCGAGGGACCAGUAAUAUCACACUUUCUCCCCUGAAGCAAACCAUGUUGUGUUUGUUUCAUUACAUCUCAAAACAUAUUCAGUAACCCCCCCCCCCUCCUUUAGUAUGACCCAAGCUGUUUGUCCCCACCCCCUCACACUCCAAUAUUGUAAAGAAAUUUCCACUGCUGCUAGAGUACUUGCAUCGCGUGUGCCCAGUAUCUACUUUUGCUUCCCUGAAGCGCCGGUAACAUCGACCAAUGAAACAAGCGUUACUGGUUCAUAAAUGUACGAGAUGUGAUAAAAACUAAAUCUGCGUCAGUUUCUAGUCAAGUAGCGCAUGUACACACUACAUGUAUCUGUUUUUGCUGUGAAGUAUGGGUGUCCGACAGUAAGCAGUCGCCAUUUAGAGUUAGCAGCUAAUAUAAACAACCACUAGGUAUUUGCAUAAUUAAAUAUAUGAGAAGUGGGGAAAAAUCACUCUUUUGUACAGCUUCCCCUACUUUCCCCCUCUCAAAUUGUAGGUCUGUGUGAUGUUUUGGGGUUUUUGUUUUGUUUUGAACUGAACUUAGUAACAGUUGCCCAAGAGAUUAUGGCUUUUCUUUUGUAACCUCAUUUGCAGAACAUGCGAUUUGGUUUCUUUUGCUGUAAAAUGCUUGACUUCUUACGUUAUGUAAUGCAGUUGGAAUAGACCUUAACUAAACCAUAGAGCAAGGUUGCUCUAUGAAUAAACUACACUUAGAAGUGAACAGUAUAAUGGAGGCAUGCAGAAAACAUAGUUGCUACAGUGAUAUUUACAUAGAACUUGUGUCAUUUUGUGAAAUAAAGACAAAAUUAAUUAAAGAAAUGAA